GGGCUGUAGGUGACUGUUCUCUGCGGGGCUGAGGUCCGCAGAGCCUUCCCCCAGGGCAGGGGCAAACAGCCCCCUUCCAGGAGGGAGCUGGAAGAUUAGGCAGCUCCAUGUAGGUCCACAUGUAGGUGAACAGAACCCACCAUGAGGAAGGGCAAAAAGAAGAAGCCAGAGUCCAGACGCCGCGGCUCCACACCCCAGCACGCCAGCUCGGAGUCGUCCACACCCCAGCACGCCAGCUCGGAGUCCACCCCUCGGCCCAGCCCUGGAUCCACCCCGCAGCCCAGCUCUGGAUCCGUCCCCCAGCAGCCUGCACCCCAGGCUCUCCCAGCUCCAGAAAGCAGACCCUCAGCCCGGGCCCCUGCACCGGCCCUGGGCCGGUUGCCUCCGGACCCUACCACAAAAGCACCCUCUCAAUCCAGGAAAUCAGGGUCUCUGACUCGUGCGGGGCCACGGGCCUUCUGUUCCUGUUCCGCUUGCCCCGGAAGCUCUGCUUGCUGGCGUCGUCUGGGCCUGUGUCACAGCCGCAUCUUUGAUGUCCUCCUUCCUCUACCCUGGCCGACCAUGCCAGGAAGAGGAUUUCCAAGCCUCCUCACUUUCUACAGGUUCUGGAGCGCGUGGGGGGCUGGACCCUCAGGGCACAAUUCCUGGGGUCAGGCUCUGCCCCGGACCAUAGUAGCAGCCGUGGCACCAUCUCUCAGACAUACGAGAAGCAAACGGAUACCCAGGUGUGUUAGGAGAACAUGCGUAAAGCCAAAAAUACAACCUGUAGGAUCGAUGUCAACACGGAUACUGCAUUUUGUCAAAGCCUUCCUCGGGAGCAUGAUCAUGUUUUCCUCUCCAAUGUGGUGGGCGUCAUAUGUUGUUUCCUCGGAUUCCUCACCUCCAAAAUGGAGUCCCAUGACACAACCCGCUUCACAUGGUGGUCGUCAGGCUUGAGGAAGACGCUGGGUGUGAGAGGCUUGGCACGGGGCCUGGCACACCGUGGCCUUCGCCGCCUUCGUACCCUGCUCCCUGGGUGUCCCGGGCAGCUGGCACCCCAGGCUAGCCCAUCCUCAGACGCAGGGACUCUCGCGACAGGGAUUUAUUGGAAGGGAUGGGCGGAAUUGUGUCCCCCUGAGAGGAGGCUCGGUCACAGGGAGAAGGCGUUCCUGAAAUCCCGAGGCCACCCUACGAUUUCUGCUUUCCCUGCAUGUAG